GGAGGGGGGGGACAAAAAACGUCGCCGAACGGCAGCGGUGCGCCUCGGAGCCUCCGCCGCCGGGACGAACGUUUAUGAUCAUGCAGCGCUUAUGUUAUUGUUAGUGGGAGGGGAGCACAUGUCUUGUAAGUGAAAUUACGCACGGCGAAAGGAGGCUAGAGCUGUUUUGUAUUGUUGCCGAUGCCCCGCCUCUGAUGGUAGCCUUAAACCUGGCACCCAGCUAAAACAAACCAAAGCCAGCACCGAGCUCCCACUCAAUCCAAUUAGGGCGGACUUGAGGCGCUCUCCUACGUGUUCAUCUACCAGGAUCGACGUUGAGACAACAGGAACCAGAGGGGCUCUGGCCAAAAAAAAAAAGGAAAAAAAAAGAGAGAGGAGAGAGAAGGAGAGAUUGCCUUGCCUUCUAAUUUCUCCCUCUCCAGCCCCAGAACAAUGUCGAUGAGCCCUAAGCAUACGACUCCUUUUUCUGUUUCCGAUAUCUUGAGUCCCCUUGAGGAGAGCUAUAAGAAAGUAAGUAUGGAGAAUAACAACUUGGGGGCACCUCUCACUUCUUACCGGCAGCCGCAGGUCUCUCAGGCGGCGAUGCAGCAGCACCACAUGGGCCAUAAUGGGACUGUGUCUGCGGCUUACCACAUGACUGCGGCAGGUGUUUCUCAGCUGUCACACACGGCCAUGGGGGGCUACUGUAACGGCAACCUGGGCAACAUGGGCGACCUGCCGUCCUACCAGGACGGCAUGAGAGGCAGCGCCACGGCCACCGGGUGGUACGGAGCCAACCCCGACCCGCGUUUCUCCACCAUCUCUCGCUUCAUGGGUUCGUCGUCGGGCAUGAACAUGGGCAGCAUGGGCAGCCUCAGCUCCCUGGCAGACGUGGGCAAAGGCAUGGGCUCCCUGUCCAGCACCCCGAGGAGAAAGAGGCGAGUGCUGUUCUCGCAGGCUCAAGUCUACGAGCUGGAGCGACGCUUCAAGCAGCAGAAAUACCUGUCGGCGCCGGAGAGGGAGCACCUGGCAAGUAUGAUCCACCUCACCCCGACCCAGGUGAAAAUCUGGUUCCAGAAUCACCGGUAUAAGAUGAAGAGGCAGGCUAAAGACAAGGUCUCCCAACAGCAGAUGCAGCAGGAGAGCGGCUCCUGCCAGCAGCAGCAGCAGUCCCCACGGAGGGUGGCGGUGCCGGUGCUGGUCAAGGACGGGAAGCCGUGCCAAGGCAGCGGCCACACGCCAACGUCCUCCGCGCAGACGCACCACCAGCAAGGGGGCAAUGCCAUGAUCAUGUCCAGCAACCCGUCCGGCCUCGGGCAGCACCAGAGCCAGCAGGUGGGAAGCACAGGUCACUCUCCAGACUUGGCGCCGCACUCCUCCAGUCCGCCCUCGCUGCAGAGCCAAGUGGCCGGCCUCUCCCACCUCAACUCCCCCGGCGCAGACUACGGCUCGGCCCUACAGUGUUCGGCCCUGUUAUACGGCAGGACGUGGUGACAAGAGGCACCAGCUGUGCUUUAAAUCUAUUUAAAGAAACAAACAAAAAAAAGACAUCUUGUUUUUUUUCCCUCUGUCAAGACUCGGCAAGUUCUUCUCUGUAAAUGUGCGCAUUCGAACAACAACCGAGUGAAAAUCGGUGCAGCUCUUCUUGAAUUUUUUCGCCCGUUUCAAUGGACUUACGUGGGAGAAAGCACACACACGCGUGUCCAGAAACUGCGUCUUUCUUGGGAUUUAUUUAUGUAAAUUAUAUUGAGACAAAAAAGAGGAAUCAGCAGUCAAAUAGGCCGCAUAGUUGGGGAAAAAAACUGAACCUGAACAGGGACGCGAAAAGGACUGCUGGUAUUAUGGGUGCUGUUAAAUUUUACCCCCCAUCCACAAAAACACACGACUGAUUUAUAAUAGAAAUUUAAUGUAAGCCGUAGAUCUAGCUUGUAUAUUUCUGUAAAAGGUUUGAAUUUUAGCUAUUUGUUGUACAAAGUUUUUGACGCUAUUGCCGGUUUGUUGUCGUUUCAUUGGUAUUUGUACGUUUUAUUUCUUUGUAACUUAAAUAGAUAUUUGACUUACUACAAAAACAGUCCUAUUAAUAAAUUAUGGAAACAAGA